GCAAGGUGAAGUGCGGCAUGGGAAGCUGCGACGAGUCCAGCGACUACGCAUUCGGCUUCGCGUGCCAGUGCAACCCCGGGUGGAGCCGCAACCAUCUCGGCGACAUGGAAUUCCCCUUCCUCCCAUGCGUCAUACCCAACUGCACCAUCAAGUCGUCGUGCCAAAACGAGUCUCCUCCGGCUCCAUCACUGCUCCCGCCGGCAGCAAUGACAAACCUUUCAGUCUACGACCCCUGCUUGCUGCAGUACUGUGGGGGUGGCAACUGCGAGAAGACAGGCUUCACCUACCGGUGCGCCUGCCGCGACGGCUUCAAGAACUUCUUCGAUAACGAAACCUUCCCCUGCUACCGCCAGUGUUCCCUGGGAACUGACUGCUCCGGCCUCGGUAUCGGCAUACUCAACGGGUCCAACACGAGCACAACGCCGCCAGCACCAGUGUCUUUCGCCCUCCAGAAGAGCAGCGCCCCAGGUGGUUGGGCGCCAGCAGCACACUGGCUGCCGGAGAUCAUCAUGCUGGUUGCCAUAUUCUUGGUCCACACAAUUCUGUGAAUUGGUGAUUGCUAAAUUAUAAGUGUGUGGUGUUUGA